GCAACAAUGGAGCUCAGUCUCACACCACUCGCGGCUCUGUGCGUCCUGCUCGCCUUCGCCGUCGUAGCCGCUCCGGUGGCGGCAACGGAGGUGGAGGUGGAGAUCAGGACGGCGGAGGUGCAGUCUUCCUACAUCGUGCACGUCGCGGCCGGGCACGCGCCACGGCUGCCGCGCCGCGGCCUGCUGACGACCCGUGCGUACGGCUCGUUCUUGCGCGACCAAUUCCCCGUCGAGCUCUCCAGCCCGGCGCCGAGGGUGCUCUACUCCUACUCGCACGCCGCCACGGGCUUCGCGGCGCGGCUCACGGGGCGCCAGGCCGCGCGCCUCGCGUCCUCGGGCUCCGUGCUCGCCGUCGUGCCCGACGUGAUGCAGGAGCUGCACACCACCCUCACGCCGUCCUUCCUCGGCCUCUCGCCGUCCUCCAGGCUGCUCCCGGCGUCCAACGGCGCCAGCGACGUCGUCAUCGGGGUCCUCGACACCGGCGUGUACCCGGAAGGCCGCGCGUCCUUCGCUGCCGACGCGUCGCUGCCGCCGUUGCCGCCCGGCAAGUUCCGCGGCGGGUGCGUCUCGGGACCGUCGUUCAACGGCUCCGCGCUAUGUAACAACAAACUCGUCGGCGCCAAGUUCUUCCACAAAGGGCAGAAAGCUGCGCGCGGCAGUGCGUUCGGUGAGGACUCUGAGUCGCCGCUCGACACCAACGGCCAUGGCACCCACACCUCCUCCACCGCCGGCGGCUCUGCUGUUGCCGAUGCAGCCUUCUACGAUUACGCCAGAGGAAAGGCCGUCGGCAUGGCGCCGGGCGCGCGCAUUGCCGUCUAUAAAGUGUGCUGGAAAGGGUGCGCGAGCUCUGACAUCCUGGCCGCGUUUGAUGAGGCGAUCGCGGACGGUGUCGAUGUCAUCUCUCUCUCCCUCGGCUCCAACGGCAAGGCCCCAGACUUUUAUAGCGAUAUGACCGCCGUGGGCGCGUUCCACGCCGUCAGCAAGGGCAUCGUCGUCUCGGCUUCCGCGGGAAACUCCGGCCCCAAAGAGUCCACCGCCGUGAACGUCGCGCCAUGGUUCUUGACAGUCGGCGCAUCCACCCUCAAUCGCCAAUUCCCGGCCGACGUCGUUCUCGGCAACGGCGAGACCUACACUGGUACUUCUCUCUACGCGGGCGAGCCGCUGGGCGCGACCAAGAUACCACUGGUCCACGCAGGGGAAGUGGGCUCAAAAAUAUGCGAAGCAGGGAAGCUGAAUGCCACCAUGGUAGCCGGGAAGAUCGUCUUCUGCGACCCUGGCGUGUACGCCCGGGCUGCCAAAGAACAAGCCGUAAAGCUCGCUGGUGGUGCCGGAGCAAUCUUCGGAAGCCCCGAAGCAUAUGGCGAGCAGGCCAUGACCAGCGCCUAUGUCCACCCCGCCACGGCUGUCACAUUUGCCGCUGCCGAGAAGAUCAAGAAGUACAUAAGCGCGCAGACAUCGCCUACUGCGACGAUCGUGUUCCGUGGCACCGUGGUCGGCCCGACGCCUCCUUCCCCUAGAAUGGCGUCCUUCUCGAGCCGCGGCCCGAACACCCGCGCGGCGGAGAUCUUCAAGCCGGACGUGACCGCGCCAGGCGUGGACAUCCUCGCCGCUUGGACGGGGGCUAACUCACCCUCGGAGCUCGCCAGCGACACGAGGCGAGUGAAGUACAACAUCAUAUCGGGCACGUCCAUGUCAUGCCCGCACGUGAGUGGCAUCGCCGCGCUGCUCCGGCAAGCGAGGCCGGAGUGGAGCCCCGCCAUGAUCAAGUCGGCCCUGAUGACCACCGCGUACAACAUUGACAGCGCUGGCGGCGUCAUCGGUGACAUGUCCACGGGCAAAGCGUCCACGCCAUUCGCGCGAGGGGCCGGGCACGUCGAUCCCAACCGCGCGGUCGACCCGGGAUUGGUGUACGAUGCCGGCACGGAGGACUACAUCACCUUUCUGUGCGCGCUGGGCUACACAGACAAGCAGAUCGCCGUGUUUGGCUCGUCCACCAACUGCUCGACGCGCGCGGGCUCCUCCGUCGGCGACCACAACUAUCCGGCCUUCUCGGUGGUGUUCACCGCGAACAAACUGGCGGUCGUCAGGCAGCGCCGCGUCGUCCGCAACGUCGGCGGCGAUGCCAGGGCUACGUACAGGGCCAAGGUCACCGCCCCGGACGGCGUGCUCGUCACAGUGAGCCCCCGGACGCUGAGGUUCACCGCGACGCAGAAGACGCAAGAGUACGUGAUCACCUUUGCGCAACGAAUCUUCAGGAGCGUCAAGGGGAAUCACACGUUCGGGUCAAUCGAGUGGAGCGACCGCAAGCACACGGUGACUAGCCCCAUCGCCAUCACCUGGCCAGCGAGCAAGGUUGCGGACAUGUGAAUGUGAUCGGUGUGGGUGGGUACUAUUGUAGUUUACCUCAUUUGUUGUAAAUUUCAGUUCGCGUGGUUGGAUCAAGAGGCCUUGCUUUAUUUAAUUUCAAAGAAAGCCAAGUUCAAAGAGAAA